GUCACACGGUGAAAACGCGUUGUCGCUGCCCCAUUGACCUGAAACGGAGCGUUGUGUGUCGUUCGUCGCGCCGUCGGGUCGCGAACGGAUCGCUGCUGGUCGUCGACGACACCCGCCUCUCCGUCGUCGUCAUCGUCUCUUUCUCGCAGCCGCCCGGCCCGGAAAGGAGCGCUGCGCACGCUACAAAACCCGCCCGCCUCCUCGUGUGUCCAUCACUUUCUAGACGAGUUCUGCUUCGUCUGGUGAGGACCACAUUACACACACACAACUCGAACGCCAUGCUUUCCAUGCGAGUUCUUCUGCUACUCGCUCUCAUCAUCGCUGUCACAUGGGCUUUCGAUAAGAAUCUUCUGAAGAAGGGAAAGAAGAGCGGCGCGUACGAGAAGCACCCCAUCUCUCGUCGUGUGCUUCGAUUUGAACGUUCUCUACAAUCUGCUGAAUUCCCUCAACCUGGAGAGCUUCCCUUCCAAAUGCUCGACUAUGCAAAGAUUCUCCCUGAAAUCCCUGCCAAGUACAAGCCAAGUCGCGUAAUGCCUGACACUGACUACCAGCCUGAUCUGGAAUUUUAAUUUUCUGCAUAUGAAAUCAUAAUGUUCUACACUUGCGAAAAUCAAAUGGUGUGUGUGCAAAAACACGCUUCCAAAAAAAUCACUCGGGUUAUCAUUGUGUGUAUCUACAUGUAAUUAAAAUUGCGUCAUUAAUCAAUAAAUAUUAAUAAAAU